AUGAACGAUGAAUGGAGUCGAUGUCCGAUUUGUUUCGAAGAUUAUUCAUUAACACAUAGACCAACUACAUUUGUUUGUGGUCAUUCAACAUGUGUUGAUCAUACAACUGGUCCCAAACGUUUACACCAUUGUCCUAUUUGUCGACAUCCAUUGAGGGAACAUGAUGAACAUCAUGUAUCUUACAAUCUUGAAGAGGCUUCACGUUUAUUUCAAUUAAUUAAAAAUAAUAUUGAUUGGUCAACUAUUCAACUUCCAUCUGUGCCAGUUAUUAUUCAGGAGGAAAAUAAUGCUUCAGCAAUGAUCAAACGUGAUGAGAUCUAUGCUCGUCAAUUACAAGCUGAACUUAAUCGUGGAACUGUCAAUGAAUCUUCACAAAGAGCGCAAGUUCCAACAAGAAAUCCGACAUUACCACUUCAAGAAAUUCGAACAAAUCCAACAGCAUUAGGAAGAAAUCAAGUUAGUGGUCAUCAAAAAGGAUGUGGCCAUCGAUGUGAUCUUGUUUCCACUAGACAAUGUUGUUUAUGUUCCGAUAGGCGACCACAUCAUCGAGAUAAUGUGUAUCCAGCAUAUGUUGAUGGUCGAGGAGUAGUAAAUCAAGUGGCACGUGAUGAAUAUUAUUGCACGACUUGCAAAAGACGAUAA